GAGCUUUAUACUAUUUGAAUUUAAAUUAAAAUUUUUUUGUCAAUAACCAAUAAAAUAUAAAAUUUUUAUUUGAACUUAAAAUUUAAAAAAAAAAAAAUUUAGAUGUGAUUUGCUUUUCAAAAUUUAAAAAGAAAAAAGAAAUAAUUAUGGAAUCAAAAUUAAAAUUCCAAUCCUCAAUUAAUAAUCAACGAAUUCCAGGCUGGAAAUUAGUGAAAUAUAGUCUAUUCCAUUUCAUUCUGAUAUCAUGGAUAACUUUCCCGUGUAUGAGCUGUGCUUACAACCCGGACAAAUAUCUGUUAGAACAUCCAUUUUCAAAAUUCGAGGACACCGGAAAAGAACUCACCAAUUACGAAUCGCCAAAGAAAAGAGAAGGAGAUUUGGAGGAAAAUUUCGAAGAAGAAUCAAAAUUCCCGGGUUACGAAAAGAAAUUAGAUAAGGAGAAAUACUCGUCACCUGAUGAGGAUUACGGCGGUAAGGCCAUAGAGGACAUAAACAAACGAUACGAGGAUAUCUUGAAUAAAGAAGAUAGAAAGGAUUCUCCUGCAAUAUCAAUCGGAAGAAAGGAUAAUAACAAUAAUGAAAAGGAGGAGAAAUUUGGCAAAAACAAAAAUAUGAGGGAAAAGGUUAGAGCCAAAAGCGAGGAAAUAAGUAGUGACCAAAAUAAUAACGUGAUAAAUGAAGAAGUACCUCGUAGUGUUAAUGAUGGUAUAACCAAACUACCCCAAAUUAUUAAACCUCAAUCUUAUUUUCCUAACAGGUAUUUUCGACCUAUCAUUAUUGAAAAACGAGAAUUUCAGAAGACGUCUUAUACCCCACUUUCUUCUUCUCCUAGAGAUUCGUAUUAUAAAUCUUACAAUGCCUAUUAUCGCGAGAAGGUAGAUGGGUGUGACGAAUUACCAUCCGAAAAUUCGAUAAAAUGCGAUAGUACUUUUGUCAAAAAAAGUAAUGCUAUCAGAAAAGGGGACGGAAAAAUAUGCGGAUCCGAUCAUGUAAUUUACCUCAACGCUUGCGAAUUACGUAAGGCAUGUCUUAGGAAUCGAUCUUUAAGACCAGUUCUUUUCUCUAACUGUAGAGAUUCGGUAGAAAAUAAUCUGAUUGUUACCAAUAGCGGAACUACGGCCGAUGAUGAAUACGAGUACGAUGAAGAAAUUGAUAAAUCGGACAUAGUUGAGGGGAAAAAUGGUGGAAAAUAUAUUGAUAAUAAGGUGGGAAAAUCUAAACAAGUUUCACAAAGAAUUUCUUGGAAAACCCAAAAAAAUUUUACAAAAUUAUUUUUACCCCACGAGGAGGAUCAGAAUGAUGUAAGUUACAAUCAAGUGAAAGCGAUGUUAUUCAAAGAUAAAAACGAGAUUGAAAAUGUUAGGAUAACAAAUAACAUGGCUGCUAAUUAUGAUAUUUUACCUACCAGAAAUCAGGCCCAAAAGAAAGAGGAACAAAUUAAACGGUCCCCAGAAAAUAUACCUCGAAACUCCUUCCCCAAAGACAAAAAAUCAAAAUCGUUCAAAGAUGUCGGCUACAAUGCUUUUAAGCAAUGGCUGGUAGAUUACUACAGAAGAGAAUUCAUAGAUGGGAAUGACCCAUUUGCCAGAGAUGAUACGUAUCUGAUUAACCUAAUUUUCGGUUUUUGGGACACUAACGGUGACAAUUUUUUGACCCCAAAAGAACUCACUUCUAAAUCUCGAGAAAAGGAUUUGUCGAAAGCGUUGAAGAAUUAUCGAUGGACUAGGAUACAAAACUAUCUGGAAACGCUCAUCAAGGAAGGAGAUCGGAAUAAGGAUUCCAUGAUGGAUUUGAGCGAAUUUUACCAAACUUUUAAUGUUGAUUCAUUGAAUUCUCGAAUUCUAGAGGAAGUAAAAUUUGCCCAAGUUGGAUCAAAUCUAAAAUUAAAAUGUGGGGCAAAAUUUGUAUUGCCAGCAUCCAUCAUUUGGAAACGUUACGAUGUCGAAUUGAAUGAAAGGGAAUUUGAGGAUAUCAAAAUAUUUCCGGACGGUUCUCUCUAUUUGAUGAACGCGCAAAUGGAAAUGGCUGGAAAUUACAGUUAUCAAUUGGCCGAAACGAAUCAAAUCUAUCAAACAUACGUAGUCCAUAUAAUAGCACUCCCUAGUGUAAGAAUCAAGCCAGCCCGGGGCCAAAUGAUCAAGGCGGGAAGGGUUAAAAGUGUCAGAAUAAUGUGCCAAUCAGAUUCAUACCCUGGUUACGAAAGUGUAAAAUGGUAUAAAAAUGAAAAAUUAAUUCGGAGAAACGUGAGCGUUGUCGAGGUAAAUGAUUUUAAUUUUCCCAACAUUGGCGUAUCAUUAUCAAAAGAAGUUAUCCCUGAAAACAAUGAGUUGGGGCAUAAUGAUAGAAGUGUCUACAAAUUUUAUGGAAAUGGCACCAUAUUAAGCAUCGAAAACGUUAACUAUAUGGAUACUGGCGCUUACACUUGCCAAUUCACUAAUAGGGCCGGUACAAGCAAAGCCCAUUCUGAUUUAUUCGUCGUUGAAGAUCCCACCAUGAAUUUCGAUUAUGAAGAACAAAGACACGUCGAUAAACACGACCUUUAUAUAUUUGAUGAAUCGGGCUUGAAAAUAUAUGAUCCCCAAGAAUGCAAAUUGAGGGACAGAAUUCGGCACAACUCCAAAAUAUCCAUUUUAAAUUAUUCCUUGGAUAAAGACCUAUACGCCAAUCAUAUCAAUCACGAUUCCAAGAAUGAUAACGGUAGCCCUGCUUUAGAGAGAAACGAUUUGUCUCGCUAUUAUUUAUGCAAAAUGAGCACAAAAUGUCUAUGGGGACCGGCUGUAAAUGUUCGAAACAAAUUCAUGUACGUUUUACAGAAAGAUGUCAACAGGAUCAUCAUAUUUGACAUAAUCGGGAAAAAGUUUAUAGAGGAAUUAAUGGUAGAUAUAAAUCCACUUCAACUGAAAUACGUUUCGAACGUCGAUCAAGUUUGGGUCAUCAGUGAGCCUCAUAGAGGAAAUAUAUCUAGGCCAAGGUUAAAAGGAUUGCAGGUCAUAAGGGAAGCAUCUAAAUCUGGAACACACAAUAUCAUUCAUACAGAACCCAUAGAAGAACAUUUCGACGAAGUCACGGAUGUUUUUUUACCGGAUUCUAUGGAAGAUAAAAUAAUUCAAGCGAGAUUUGGAUACACAACUCAUAGUGACAAAAUGCGACUUUACAAAUUAGACCUACGAUACUUUAAAUAUGUUAGUAUAAUUGACUUAAGUCCACAUCAAUGUCUACCUCAAAAUGUAGCCUUUUACAUCUACGGAGGCUUUAUAAUAGUGAGAUGCUUCAACACCAUGGGCUACGAUAAAGGAUAUUUAUUGAUAGAUAUUCUGAGCGACGCCGUAAUCAAGUACCAAGCAGACGUGCAUGGAAUCCCACUGGUCUCUCCCGAUCAAUCAUAUUUGGCAUCGGUAGAUGAAAAGACAAGAAUUAUCAAAUUUCAUCAGCUUGAUCAAAUCAAUGGUCUCAAAUACCUUUUCGAUAUUGUUGCUCCCAUAAAUCCUGACGUUCGUAUUUUCCAUGCUUCCUAUAACUUGGGCACAUUUGAUUUACUUUUCGCCUCGAACCAACAAAAUGGGAUUGUGGUAUUCAACGUGAUCAAUAGGUCAAGUUUCGAUAUAAUCAACGAUUAUUCACUCACCCUCGAAACAUCGAUGAAUAAGAAAGAAAAACGCAACGCCAUUGACAAUUACAGAAAUUCGCCCUAUAAUAAAGGUGGAUCAGGAAAUAAAAUUCAUUCCGCAAGACCCCGUACCAACAUAUCUCUCAGCUCUAGUGGGGUCUUCGGCAAUUAUGUAGCAUUAAAAAAUUCUAACCCUUAUAACAAAAUAAUUCUAUUGGACGUCGUCAAUAAACGCGUUCAUUGCCAGAUAGAUGAUAUCAUUGGACAGGAAGAAUACACAGCGAUUCAGUGGUCACUUUCUUAAUAAAUUUUUUUUUAACCUUAAUCGUCCAAUUUUUUUUUUACUUUUCGUUAGCUACUAAUCUAUUUUUGGCCCAACUUUCCAGAAAACAACUAAAUAUUGCUCGAAAUAAGGCUGGUGGGAUCCAAUCCGGCACGAUUUGUUAGCUGAUCGAUUUUUAAACUCUGUAUAUGAGAUCAAUUUUUCUUCAUUAAAAUUAAUAAUUCUUGGAUCAUUAUCGUGUAUGGAAUUGUAAAUCCAUAAACAAGAUUCUAAAAAUCGAUCAGCUGUUAAAUCUUGCCAUAUCGGAUCCCACAAAGAAUGCAGCCUAAAGCAAAAAAAAGAGUAAAAUGGAUAAAUAUUACGGCUUUACUUUGUAAUAAUUUUAUAAACAAUUUUUUUUUUGAAAGUAAUUUUUUUAAUUUUAAACUAAUGUAUUAUUAUUAUAUUUUAUUUUUUAAAUUCUCAAAAGUGAUAACAUGUUUUUAAAAAAUAAACAUUUUUAAAACUUAAUUUUUAAUGUCCCAUUUAUGGUAAUACUCUCUUUUAUAAAAGAAAGAGGAGAUUACUUGUAGUUAGUGUUGUUUAAAAGCCCGAUAUGGGUCGAUUUUUCAAAACGGCCCGAUUAAGAUUUUAGUUAAAAUAUAUAUUAUUUAAGCAUCAAGAUUUGACAAAUAGAUGUUCAAGCAAUUCUGCCAGCUAUGUGCAAAAUCUUUAGGCGCCUACAUCAUGUUAUUUUGGUUAUAAUUUUAAUCGGACCGUAUUUUUUAAAUGGAUCCGAAUUGGGCUUUUUAACAAUACUACUUUUAGUCAUUAACAUUCUUAUUUUUUUUUAAAUUUAACUUUAACAUAAUUUUUAUACUCAAUAUAAAUAAGUGAUAAUAAUUAGAUUAGACAUAAUUAUUAUAUAUGUAAUUCAAAAUUAUUUUACAAAGCUUCGACUUUAUUUAUAUCGCUUUCUUAUUUAUUUGUACAAUAUACAUAAUUUUUAUAUUUAUCCCAAGAAGGU